UUGCUGAAAAGAAUCAAGAACAUCGACGCAUUCAUUCAUGUAAAAUUCAUUUCUCAUUUUUUGUCACUUGAGGUCAACACAUUGGGACACAUCAGAGUCACGAAGGCGUUCAAGCCACUUCUGAAGCAGUCCAAAGGUCGCAUCGUUACAGCGACAAGUAUUGCUGGGCGUAUUGCACUCCCAUAUGCGGCUCCUUAUUCCGUCGCGAAAUUCGCUUGUGAAGCUUACAUGGACUGUGUCAGACAAGAAGUGCAACCGUGGGGAGUAACGGUGUCGAUCGUUGAGCCGGGUGUCUUCAAAACGCCCAUAGUGGAUCGGUCGGGCAUGAAAAACCGCAUUGAAGGCGUUUGGUCGAAAAUGACUGACGAACAGAAGGCGGAGUAUGGCGAAGACUUCAAGAACUACUUCGCAAUUCACUGGAGCGAUACGUUCUACAACCUUGGUUCUCCACAUAUCGAGUGGGUUAUCGAUGACUACUAUCAUGCAGUGACGGCGAUGUUUCCGCGUAAUCGUUAUCGUGUUGGAUGGGAUGCGUAUCUCAUCUUCAUUCCAUGCACUUUCCUGCCAACUAUGCUUGUGGAUGCGAUUAACGCUUAUCUCUUGGCACCGACGAAAAUGAAACCGGCCUCUUUGGAGAAGGCAAAACAGUCGUAG